AUGAAGAUGUCUCAAAACAACGAUGACAAGGAGGACCGAUCUCCUACCAACAAGAACAAGGGCAUCUCGUUGCCGAUCUCCAGAGUCCGCCUCAUCAUGAAGAGCUCCCCGGAUGUGUCCAGCAUCAACCAGGAGGCUCUGUUCCUGACCACCAAGGCCACGGAGCUGUUUGUGCAGCAUCUGGCCGUGUCCUCAUUCAACAAAGGCUCAGGCAAAGACACCAACUCUUUGUCUUACACCGACCUGGCAAGCACUGCAGAAGAGACCGAGACAUUGCACUUCCUCACCGAUAUCCUUCCAAAGAAGAUCCUGGCACGAGAUUAUUUAAAAUCUUUGGAAGAAAUGCGGGAAGAGAACCCAGACUUUUGA